UAAUAUAUGAAUAACUGUAGCACAAUAUUCGCGAUCUGGCAAGCACAUUAAGUUUCGCGCGCAACGGAAGAACUGGCUGAACAUGAACGAACGAACUUGUUUAGUCCAUUGAACGAGCACAACACUAAGAGCAACUCUGCUGUUAAUAUCGAGUUCAAGAGUAAUCGAUCGACGCGACUUAAAAUUGUGGUGAAUUUCAGUAGUUUUCAUAUAAAUGAAGCCUGCACUCAUUGCACCUCGCAGCGGCCAUGAUAGACUCUAACUAUACGCCGGAAUUUAGUGAAGCAGAGCAAACGCUGAUUCACAGCGAAUUUAGCAGACUUGCAGAGAGCACUUAUCUCGAUCAUGCGGGCACAACACUCUAUGCCGAAACACAAGUGCUGUCGGCAGCGCAGCAGCUGCAGCGCGACGUCAUAUGCAAUCCACAUACAUGCCGCCUAACCGGCGACUAUGUGGAUCAAGUGCGUUACCGAGUACUGGAGUUUUUUAAUACCAAGGCGGAGGACUAUCAUGUGAUAUUUACAGCAAAUGCAACAGCAGCGCUGCGUUUGGUGGCAGAGCACUUUGAUUUCCUGGAGGCAGGUAAUUUUCAUUAUUGCCAAGAGAAUCAUACAUCAGUGCUGGGCAUGCGUGAGUUGGUUAAGGCCAAUGGCAUUUACAUGUUGACAGCGGAACAGCUGGCUAAGCAUGCAGAGUUGCAGCUGCAGUCGCCAGUAGUAGAUCAGGCAGCCACUGCCAAUUCUUUGGUUGUUUUUUCUGCGCAGUGUAAUUUCAGCGGCUACAAGCUGCCACUGGACAUUAUCAAGCAGCUGCAGCAGCAGGGACUACAGGAGACGGGCAAAGAAGUAAAAGCGCCAAAAGCAGAUGCAGCCAGUCAGCAGUACUAUGUGUGCCUGGAUGCAGCAAGCUAUGCAGCCAGCAGUCCCUUGGACUUGCAACGCUAUCCCGCCGACUUUGUUUGCCUCAGUUUCUAUAAGAUCUUUGGCUACCCCACGGGCGUGGGUGCGCUGCUGGUGAGCAAACGUGGUGCUGAAGCUUUGCGCUCGCGCUAUUAUGGUGGCGGCAGCAUUAACUAUGCCUAUGCGCAUACGUUGGAGCAUCAACUGCGUGGCAGCUUGCAUGAGCGCUUUGAAAACGGCACGCUGCCUUUUUUGUCUAUUGUGGAGCUGCUGCAGGGCUUUCGCACGCUGGAACGCUUAGUGCCAGGUGCUAACCCUAUGGAGCGCAUCUCCCGCCACGUGCAUGGCCUGGCCAAGUACUGCGCAGCGCAGCUGCAGCAACUCAAGCAUCCCAACGGUGCGCCACUCAUUCAGCUCUACAAUCAUGCCGGCUAUGAGCAGCGUGCCCAGCAAGGCGGCAUUGUGGCCUUCAACGUGCGCACGGCUGACGGCGCUUAUGUGGGCUUCGGCGAGGUGGCCUGUGUGGCUGCACUGCAGCGCAUUUUGCUGCGCACAGGCUGCUUCUGCAACAUAGGCGCCUGCCAGCGGCACCUGCAGCUGACGCCAGAGACUAUGGAUAGCAUUUAUAAGCGCGCGGGACGCGUUUGUGGCGAUUAUUAUGAUUUGCUUGAUGGUCAGCCCACGGGCGCGGUGCGUGUAUCCUUUGGCUACAUGACAAGGCGCCAGGAUGUGGAUAAGUUCUUGGACAUGCUGCGCUUGAGCUACCUGCAGCUGCCCAAGCAGCAGCGCCUGCUGGACAUAGAGCAGCAAGCAGCGCAGCUGCCCCAAGUUCUGCAGCAGCGCGUGCAGCGACUGCGCCCGCGUCUGCUCGAGCUGGCCAUAUAUCCCGUCAAGUCCUGUGCCGCAUUCAAAAUAGCUGCAGCUGCCGCUUGGCCCUUGACAGCACAAGGCCUGCAGUACGAUCGCGAAUGGAUGAUUGUGGAUCACAAUGGCUUGGCCUUGACGCAAAAGCGCUGCACGCAGCUGUGUCUGCUCCAGCCGCGCAUUGUCGGCUCAGCCUUGCAGUUGCACUUUGAUAGCGCGGCCAGUUUCUUCAGCGUGCCACUCGCACUGGAGCAGUCCACGCGUUGCUUGAGCAAGGUCUGUCGCCAACCUGUCGAAGGCUUCGAUUGUGGCGACGAUGUGGCCAACUGGCUGUCCGAGCAGCUUGACUUGCCUGGCCUGCGUUUGCUGCGCCAAUCGAUGCAGCGCAGCUCGACCGGCGUACAGUUGAGUUUGGUCAACCAGGCGCAGUUUCUGCUGGUGAAUCGCGCCUCAGUGCGUCAUCUGCAGUUUGAGGAGCCUUUGGCGGAUACGGUGGAUCGCUUCCGCGCCAAUAUUGUCAUAGACACCGAUGUGCCCUUUGAAGAGCUGGCGUUCACCAAGCUGCGCAUUGGCCAAGUGCUGUUCGAGGUAAAUGGUCCUUGCCAGCGCUGUGAUAUGAUCUGUAUUAAUCAACGCACGGGUGAACGUUCGCCGGACACUCUGACCACUAUUGCGCGUCUGCAGAGCGGUAAGAUGCGCUUUGGCAUUUAUAUAUCAAGAAUAACUGAGGAAUUGGCUGACAAGCAGCAGCAGCAGCAGCAGCUGCAUCUGGCACUUGGUGACGUCAUCACUAUCAAUUAAUUAACUGUUUAGUAAAUACAUAGUAUAUACAUAUGUAAGUGCAUACAUCACAUUUCGGUACUUGGUACAUGACUUAUUCCUUAAGUUUACAUAUAGUAAACAUAAUACCUCCGGCCUUCUUGCCAAGCAGUCAGUGGAAAAUGCUUGAUCACAUUUUAUUUGUUAUUAUUUACAAUAAACGCACGGCUAUAAACAAACUGA